AUGUCCCAAGCUAAUUCAUUCCAAAGAAACGAUUGGGAGACCGAGUUUGAUGAGCUGAGGAACAUUCCUGAUGAAGUUUUGAGCGUGUACGAGGUGUAUGUGAAAGGCGACAGUCCGCAAGAUGAAAGGAGUAAUAUCUCGAGUGUGUCUGGCGUGUCGAGUGGAAGUGAUCAAUCGUUAGUUCAGGAAUUAGACACCGGCGAUAAAAAUGUUAUAAAAAUAUUCGGGAAGAAACUAGAUCCGCAGCCGUCUAAGAACAAGAUCCAAUCUGAAGAAAAUAUAGUAGAGUCUGUUGCUGUACCGCAAAUUUCGGCAAACGACUCUUCGACAUCGCGUCUGAUUGAUAAGGAUGAUCCACGAUCGCGGCUUCAUUUUGUAAAGUAUCUAAAACGGGAGGGCAAGACUCUUAAAAUAUGGGAGUGCGGCACCAAAGAAUUUCGGCACCAGUACACACUGAUGAGACACUUGCCGACUCAUACUGACGAGCGUAACUUCAAGUGCGAGGCUUGUGGAAAAGCUUUUCGUCAACUUUCCACUCUCAGCCAACACAAGGCUAUUCACAGCGACGCUAGACCUUAUGUAUGUGAUUUUUGUAAGAAAACUUUCAACAGGGUUUCCACGUUGAUAUCCCACAGAAAAACUCAUUCUGAGAAUAAACCGCACAAGUGUAAUGUUUGCGGCAAGGGAUUUCAUCAAAAAGGUAACCUGAGAAAUCACGUAUUUACGCACACAAACGAACGGCCUUACAAAUGUGAGCUGUGUAACAAGGGCUUCAACCAGAUGUCCAAUCUAGUCUGUCAUAAAGUUAAAUCGCACGCCCACGUCGAAAAAAUGCAAUACUCGUGCGGUAUCUGCGGGAAGGAGUUCCCCAAACGGUUUGCUUUGCGCUCACAUGAAGAAGCUAAGCACGGAAUAAAAUAUCGCAAUCCAUCGGCUUCCCAAUCUCGCGUAACCCAAUCCAAGAAGAACAUACGGAUCGUUGAACUUCCUAAUGAUAAUGAUAAUGAUAAUGAUAAUAACAACGAUUUUCUUGAGACCGGGGACAGUCUGACGGAAAAUGAUAAGGGCAAGAAGCUCACUGAGGGCAUUGACAAUAUUUUACUCGAUAAAAUAGAGACCAAGGCCAUGGAGAACACUAUUCUGAUGGGACAGAUGCCGUUUGCUUUGUACAAACCUGUCAAGGGGAUUCCUAACAAGUCAGUCCAAGUAAAAGUCCCGGUGGUAGCAACGGUAAUCCAAAUAAUCGAUGACUCAGGAAAUUCAACCUACAAAGUAGAGCCUCCUUCAGACUCGGAGCCAGAACCAGCACAAGGGGGAAUUCAAUUUGUCCGAGCGACCGAGGAUGGCCGGUAUGAAGUUAUGAGUAACAGCGAAGCACGCGACCUAAUGGAGCAGAAUUCGCACGACGUAACGAUACUGGAUGGCGCCGAGGCCGAGGCUAUUAACAUAUUCAACGCCAGGAACUCGUCCCAGGGUCAGAUUGCCGACGAUGCUAUCGAUAACCAGAUAAUGGUGCUGGACGCCGGAGCGCCCCAGAAGCCGAUGCUGGUGGAUGAUAUUGAAAUUCACGACGACAAGGACAUCAGGAUCCUCGACUCCAAGAGCUUCGCUGCAGAGAUGGCCUUCUUUGGAGGUAACAAAUUAAAUGAUUUUAUCUUCGGUAACAAGCCCAUGGGAUUCGACUCUGGAAUUUCUAUGAUCAACGCCGACGACGAUGUAAAUUCUCAGGAACUAUCAAACCUUUUAGAGCCAACGAUUAAUUCCCAUUCGACUUUCCCACUUCUGAGCAAAAGCGACUCGCUCUUUGAAACUUUGAACUACUUAAAGUCCAACCGGAUUGGGGACGAUUACGGGAUCUUAAACGUGGACACCUCUUGCAUGGAUUCGAUGGACACUUACGAGGACCUGAGCGACGCAAGUCUGCUCUCGAUGGCCCAGGACAUAAAAGUAGUGACCCCCCGACCCAAAGUGACAUUGCCUAGCUUCGCGGACAUGAAAGUCCUCGGACCAAAGUACCAAGAGUUCGAAGCCGCUAGCCAGAUGCAAGACAUCAAAAUCUUCGGCGGUUAUGACCCCUACCCCAAAAAUUUCAACGGCUACCGCUUGGACGCUUACGCAGCGCCACCUGUCUCGGUUCCUUAUGUUCCAAGUGUUCCUAUGACGUCAGAAGACUUGCGGAUACACGACACCUACAGCAGGAAGACAACAAGCUUCGACAACAAGCUACUGGACAAUAUUGACCUGCAAGAGGAAAUCUUUGUCAAGGUAGAGAACGAAAUGGUUCCCAUCAGCUCGAUGUGGGACGAGUAUGACGUCGACAUCAACGACUACUGGGCUAAUCAUUUUUAUCCUAUGACUGCUUAUGAUUAUUAA